CAGGAAACUCCAUGAUCUGGCUCUGGAGCCCAGGGAAGGAAAAACAGCCACUGAGAAGAGAGAGGCAGGGGUAGCUGGGAAAUCUAGUAGCAAGCAGUGAGCACAGGCCUGAGCCAGCCAGCUGCAUUACCUGCCCCCCUAUCCUCUAAGCGGACGGACCCCCGGGGGUGGUGAACAGGUUCUCUGGGCACUGCACGGAGCAGAGUGACACAACGACCCCCCACUGCCAGCCAAGAGGAGCCUGAUAAGGAGGGGCUGCUGCUGCCAGGACAUCAACAACAUCCCCAAACCAACAACAACAAGAAUGAGAGGGAAGCAGUAAACCGGGGCAGGCUUUAUUGCUCUUUGUUGUGGCAUUUAUUAACCCCCCCUGCUCCGGAGGCCUGGGAGGAAGGGGCAGCUGCUGCCUGUCAUCCGCACGGUGCUGCCCACAAACUUCAGCUGCCGGAGGUAAAAAAAAUGGAACUCUAGCAAUUCUUGUGCCGUCAUCUCGCAGCUCUGAAGGAACACUAAGGGAGCAGGUGAAGAGUACCUGACUCUGCCUCUUCCCACCGCACAGUGACUGCGCCAUGCCGGGCUGUGAGGAUCGCAUGCAGACCUAACGCCCAUACUGUGCCGCGAUGAGCAGGUACAAGAGAGAAGAGAGAACAAAAUGAAUGGCGGCAGCGAAAGUGGAGGAGGAGAUAACUAUGGAGGGGUCCCGAUGGUCCAGGUGCCCAUUGGUUGGCAAAGGAGGGUGGAGCCAAGCACCGUGGUCUAUAUCAGUCCCAGUGGUACAAUUCUUACCUCUAUGGAUCAGUUGCGGACUUACCUAGUAACUGAUGGAACUUGUAAGUGUGGGCUGGAGUGUCCCCUGAACAUCUAUAAGGUUUUUAACUUUGACCCAAGAGCAAUGGUUAAACGGCGCAGUGCGGAGGACGUGAAAGCUGAAGAGGACAUGACCAAACUCUGCAACCAUCGUAGGAAAAUUGUAGCCCUUGCAGCUCUGUAUAAAAGCAUUGAGAGUACACCCCUUGCACUACAAAGUCAAGCUGCUGGAUGUGGCUCAAGUCAGAGCUUUAAUGCAACAUCCACCAGCCCAAAGAUGGGGCAACAUCCUUGUUCCCUGGAUCCUGACAUCUUCACCAAACUGAUGAUGGAAAAGGCCCACAACAUGUCUGCUCACCACUUGGAAAAAACCCUGGAUCACAAGUCAGAUACUUUCACUCCCCACCCUGGAGAAAGGUACUCAGACUUGCGAUCUAACCAGCGGCCUGCCUUACCUAGACAGCAUAGGACUUCUCUUGGCGAGUCCUAUGCCUUAAGGAACUGUCCACCAGUGCCAUCAAAUGGUAAUUACGAGGUGUUUUCAAGGACUCCACAAGCCAUAUCUCACGAACUGAGUACCAGUUCUUUUACACAAGUUACGUCUUCCCAGAAUCGGCCUUCCUACCCCUCAUGUAGUCAAGAACUUUCAGGCCUGUCCCCCAAACCAUUAGCUCUUAAUUCCUGUAGUUUUGUGCCAGGUGGCACCUUCAAUCGGACGCUUGAUGAAUCUAUUCAGGGCCCACAGCGAUCAUUUGGGCCCACAGCGAUCAUUGAAAAAGAUCCACUGGGUAUUUUGGACUCUCACAGCUGUAGGCAACCUAGCCCAAAGCACCGUGUAUUGAACUCUCCUCCCUUAAUUCAGUCUCAGGUUCCCUUAAUAAACACUUACCCUACUUCUGAACACAACCCAGGCAACCAUUCAUCCACAGCCCUACCCCCUCCAUUCUCUCCAUUCACACGUAGUGGAGUUCUCACAUCUCCUUCUACUACUAGAUCCUCCAUAUCCUCCAUUUCUUCUCCAGCUGGUAGUGUGGAGCCAUCCCCUCAGCGGUCCCGCCAUUCAUCAGCCUCCUCUGAGCACUUUCCUGCCCCUAUAAGGUCAAGCUCAAGAUCUCCACGCCCCGUCAGCUCCCCUAAGCGCUCUGUGCCCCACAGUCCAAAAGCAAUACUUGAAGGCCUCCCUCCCUUUGGGCAGGCCCAACUGGGAUCCUCUUCAAAUGCCAGCCAUGCCUUAACCCACCAAAGCAAUAAAACAGCACCACCGGUGUCUUUGGGAGCAGCGCAAGGCUUACUGGGCUUUCCCCUCGGAUGCAUAUUGGGUCAGCAAGCCAGUGCUUCAUUUCCUGCUAGCAGCCUUCUUACAGCAGCUGCAAAGGCCCAAAUGGCUAAUCAAACCAAACCUGAUGCCACAGCCCCUAGCACUUUACCCAGCCGAGUGCUGAAUCCCAAUGCUUUGCUUUCUGCAGCUGUCAUGCAAGAAGGUCAGGCCCUUACCAGCAGGACUCACUCCCAGAAAAGGGAUUUAUUGGUGAAGCGCAAAAGACAAAGGAAUUCUCCAGGCCCUGAUGCCAGUCCUCAGGAUGUUAGUGGGCACAAUCCUACUAGCCCUAGUGGACUUUCCAGAUUGAAUUCUUGUUUAAAGUUAGCAGGAACUGCGGGGCAACUCGAGGAAGACAUGGGAAGAUCCAAAGUCAUUCAUUCGCACUCUGUUUCUGGUCAUGCUCCCCCUUCACUUCAAAUGCCUCGUUCAUUAGUAGAGGAGUCCCCAUGCCAAAGCAAAACUCCAAGCCUGUCUCCUGCUUCCCAAGAUAUCAGCAACCAUCUUCUUGGCCUUGUAGGGCAACUAGUCCAGACUUCUACAGAGCAGAACUCAGGGACUUAUUUCCCACUGAAGUUACCAUCUACACCCACUAGCGCAACAUCCUCUUCUGUCCGACCCAGUCAGUCUCCAGUACCAAAAUCUCCUGUCCCUAGCCUGCCCCAGAGCCAUGUUGCAGACGGCAGCAAUGAGAUGCCAUGUUCUCUGACUAAUGCUGGGGAUAGCUUCCCCCUUUUGGGACACGAGCACGUCAUGCCAUUUUCUGCUACCCCUGCCCUAUUAAACUUAGCAAUGCUGGGGUCAUUGCCUCUUUCCCUCAGCUUAAAUCAGCACCAACAGCUUCUUAACCAAGGUUUGCUCAAUUUACUUUCCUCCUCUUUAAUGGGUAGUACAGAACUUGGCCUGUUGGGACUCCAAAACCCGCCUAUGGCGUUGCCCUCUGCCAUGGGUGAUCCUGACUCCAGUGCUGUACAGGCUUUAUUAAUGGCAUCUCUACUACAUAAUCCUCUUUUACCACUCGGAGGGCUUGGGUUACCACAGCUCGAUCUUCCACCACAAAACCAACAGCAAAGCGCCCUCUUGUCAUCCCUUGCACCUUUGUUGGACGCUUUGCCUGCACCGCAGAAUGACACAACUGAGAAGCAUGAGGCAUCAAUGACAUUGCCUGAAACGUUCCCUGAAAACGCCCUUCAGCCAUUGCUAUUCCCACCGGUCUCUGCCUCUCCAGCCCUUAUUGCUUUGAAUUCUGCACUGCUGGCUGCCAGUCUUGGGGCCGUUGACUCCUCUGCCUGCCCUGGACAGAGCUGUAUCAAUGCCUCCUGUACCGGAUCCGGUUCCAUCACUACAACCACUAACUCGCCUGCCUUAUCAGAGGGGAAGCUCCCUCCGUCCGAACCACACAGCCCAUUCCACCUCCACCAGCCACAACCCCCUGGCAGGCUUCAUACUCUAAUGCCGCCUCUGCUCAACCCUUUGCUUACUGCUGGAUUGCUAGGGGAUCUUGCAGCUCUGAACACUAGCGCCGGUGCCCAGAUGGGAAGUCUCCAGUCUCUUUUGGGGGCACAUGCCCUGCUACAAAACCAGCAGGCUUUUUUACCGUCUCUCCCGGGGGCGCUGGGAAUGCAUUUCUUCCACGGACAGUCCCUUUUGCAAGGACCGCGCACCAACAACCAGAACCAUUCAUCAUCCUCAUCAGAGAAAGAAAUCAACCCAUCACCCCACCCAGAAAUCUGCGUUACUACUACAUCGCAAAUCCCGUCAAGUUCCCAGCAGACCUUGGACUCCAGUUUUCUCUCACAACGAACUGAUCUGACUAACAAGUCUCAAACUUUGCCGCUUACCCCCUUGCGGCCUGGUUCCUUUGUUUCCAACACCUCAAGUGCCUUUGAAUCCAGCCCCAUCCCCAAAGGCCCCCCUUUUCAGGGACCAGUCCAUAUUGACCUUCCUCCAGACACACCUUCUGAUCCCCCAAGAACAGACACAUUAUCCCAGUCAAUGGACCCUUCUGCCUCAGAAACAGAACCAGAGGCGUCUCCACUGAAAAAGUGCAGACUCCUAACUGAUUCUGUCUUUCCCUCUGAGGUCCCUAAUGGAGCUUCUCCAAACAUUCUCCCUUGGAUGGGCUCCCCUCACCCAUCCAACACAGUAAAUCAUCCUGAAUCAUUGGAUCUUUCGAAGGGCAAAGAACGGGGCUACAGGUUCAAUGGUCGAUCUCGGGCUGAGAGAUCAUAUGGUCGUAGGCCUCGUGGUGAUAGGUUUUCCAGCUCCAGACACUCUUACUGGAGAUAUAAUGGGGAAGAUACCUCGCAGAAUGAUGGAGAGGAAGCAGGACAGAGCCAAGAAAUCGCACAACCAGUGCUGGGAAUCCCUCCAUUUACACACCAUUGGCAUGAGGAAGGAGAACAGCCAAGGGAGCAGGAGGUGGAUGUGCCACCCCAGCUGCUGAAACGCUCCCGUAGAGGAAGAAGAAGAGGCCAAAAUUCCCAGAGGAUGGGCUCUCGUAUAGAAGCUGUUCCUGCAAAAUGGCCAACUAUAGAUCCCGCCAAUGGUUUAAAUGCUGAACGUCCCAUUAUCCGCCAGAACCGCCCUGGUCGACCAGCCAAGAACAGACGACGGAGGAUCAUUUAGAAUAAUGUAACCAUGCUGAUUCUUAGCACCGUAUCCGACAGACCGGUGUCUGUUCAUCUACACCUCAGAGGCACUUCCCCAGUACAGUCGGCUCCUCUCCAGUGUGGGCUUAGGCCGGGCCCACUCCAUUCACAGCGCUUUAUUUAGUGUUGGGAUCUUUGUAUGAGAUUUAUAACACUAGACAUAUAUCCUUUGACAUAUUAUAGCUCCCCCUUUUUUCUGUAAGAGGGCAAGGGGCGGCAUAUCUGUGCGGUUUUCCAGGGUGUUGAGGUAGGAGCAGACUAUUAUCCCCACUUCUAAAUUCUCGUUUGUAUAUAGUAAUAUUUUAGCGGCAUCUUGACGUUUUACGACAAGAAAUGGGCUCUGAAGAAACACUGUAAUCAGGUCUAGAUGCCUAGUGGCCCCAAACUGGUGUUGGUCUAAAGGUCCCAGCAUACUUUGCCAGCCAUAUCACUAAUGAUGUAUACUGGGACUUGUGUAACCCAAGUGGAGGACCACUAGAUGCUGGUAUCUACUCGCUAGAAAAUCCAUGAACCAUCAAGUGAUUCUGAUAGGCUCCUAAAAGCACAAUCUACACGAUCACAUCCUCUCACGUGCUGUUCCUUUGUCCAUUACAUUAAUUUAUUUAUUCUGUUUUAUGUAAAUGUUUUUCUCCUAUCCUUUCUACAUUCUGGUACUUUUGGUUUGGAAGUGUAAAAUGCUAAAACAGUCAUUGUCCUGGUCACUAAUGCACAUGUCACAGGUUUUGUAGGUUUUCUGGUUUCUCACUUGUACUGUUUGCCUCCAUUUCACCUUGCAGCACCUUUAAGGUCUCGUACAUACAAUAUACGUACAUUUUACUAUCUGUAUACAACCUCCAUAGACUUCAUUGCAGAGGUCCGCACACAGCGCCGCCUCUCCAGUGAACUCCAUUCGGGAAGUGGCUUUUGUGAAUCUCAAAACCCUCAUUUUCCAGCUAGGUGAAGGCCCCAGCAGUGGGAUCCCCAACUCUCAAGCAUUUCCUAAGAUAGGAAUAACCCUUGGACUACUGGAGGUCACUACUUUCUUUUUCUGGCAAAGUUGCUGUUUUAAUGGCUAGGGCCCAACUCUCCCAUCGAAACCAUUUUUAUCAGAUGCCGGGCUGUUUGUACAGAGCAUGGAAAUAACACGCGUUUUAAGACAUUAGCUGAUAAAUCAUCUGCAUCCACUAAAUGAGAUUUCCUACAUUAUAUAGAAGGGAGUCCCAUAUAUUACAAGUGACCCCUGCACAAUAUCUGACCAGUUAUCGCUAAAUUUCGGAUCCAAUAUACUGUCUUGCAUAUAAACAUUUUAACAGCGCACUUUUUAAUCUGUGUCUAAUGAUGAACUAGGCGGCAUGAAAUGUAAUGCCACAACGGCACAUAACCGUAUAUAGGAGUAAUGAUCGUAAGUAUCACAUGCAAACGACAUAAUCGGUCUCUUAUUCUUUAUAUCCUGGUAACUGGUGUGUUAUCAAGUAUUCUCUGCGGGCAGUAGAGAGAAGACGAUUAGCUGAGAAUUACGGUAUUUUUAUAGGUAAUUUUAUAAAUGUAUGCUAUAGGAGGGUAACAGAGGACCUGUCAUGUCUUCUGAUUUAGUAAAUACUUGCAUUCCCCAUUAACUCACAAGAAUCGCGGCAAAAAAAGUCUGAAUACACACUACCUGUUCGCACUGAGUUUUUGGUGCAGUUUCUGAGUGGAAUCAGCACUAAAAAUCGCCUCUAAACAGCCCCCCAUUCAUUGCAAUCGGAAGCAGCACUUUUUCCAAAUGAAAAAAAAAAAGAAGCAGCAACAUCAUGCCCUAUCUUGGCCGCUCUGAAUCUCCCAUUGAGCUGAAUGGGAAGUGGCAAAAAACGCUCAGUAUGCGUCCGUGCAUUUUUAUCCAUCCGCACCAAAAAACACAAGCUGAAAUGCCGAUAUGCAUUGGAGUGUAACCCCCCCCACCUUCCCCUAAGAAAAACGGUGCAAAAAAAAUAGUGGGCCAAA